UCCAAAUAUGAAACUUGGAUGCAAAGCAAUAAUCUCAAAAACCCUUCAAAAACCAAAACCCUCAAACACAUCUAACCCAAACCUUCUCAACUCCUCCCACCAUAUUUUAUUUUGAAAAUGGAUACCUUGAUCAAGCAGACAAGGAGGAGGCAUCCAGCUUCCCAGGAAAGACAUAGAGAGAUUGGUAGCUCCAAUAGAGAGAAAAAAGUUCCAGCAAGGAAGUCUGUUUCAUUCAAAGAAGAUAAGAAGAAGUCCUCAAAUUGGUUACAGAAGCAGUUCUCGAGGCAAAUGAGUGGCCAGAGUUAUGACCCGAUAGGCGACAUGGAUCACGUAGCUGCAGUUGCAGCCACCGCUUAUGCCAUAAGCACUUUUGAAGAAACAUGGCUAGAGAGUUAUCAUAAUGGCAUUGAACUUGGACCUUCUUUGUCAAGGAGUAAGAGCAGAAGAGAAGAUGAGUUUCCUUCAGAGGAACCAAAAAGCUUAUCAAGAAGAUUCUCAGGACAACUUUCGUUUAAGGAUUCAGAGACGAAAGAUCAUAAACAUCCAACGCUAAAGUCCCCAAUGAGAAAGUCAUCUUCGGUAAAAAAGACUUUCUCCAUGAACUUGAGAGAAGAUCACACCAAACAAAAGGAAGACUCAGGGGAAAAACAUGAUAGACAAAGAAAACCGGUUUCUGAACCUCCUCGGAUACAACCACCGGUCAGGACACGAUCAGAACGUCGUGCUCCACCACCACCUCCUCCUCCUCCUCUUCUAUCACCUUCGCCUAUGCACCUUCCACCUAGGGAAAUGAAAAGGCAGAGUUCUGGACAUAUCAGUCGAAAAGAUAAUUCUACAGCUGAUGUUUGGGAAAAAGCUGAACUAGCUAAGAUCAAAGCAAAGUAUGAGAAGUUAAACAGAAAGAUUGAUAUGUGGGAAGCAAAGAAGAGGGACAAAGCUCGAAGGAAGCUGGACAUAUCUGAGCAGAGCGAACUAGAACAGAGGAGGAGGAAAGGUUUGCAGAGAUUUAGAGACGACACAGAAUACAUCGAACAGAUUGCAGCCGGAGCCAGAGCUCAGGCGGAGAAAGAGAGACAUAGCAAAGAGUUCAAAGUGAAGGAGAAAGCCGAGGUUAUCCGUAGUAACGGUGAAAUCCCUGGAAAAGCAUGCUGUUUCUGACACUAAAAAACAGAGGGUCUUAGAUAAACAGUAGCUAAUAUAUAUGUACAUAUGUGUGUGUGUGAAAGAUUAUAUGGGAUUCGUUUAAAGAAAAGAAGUUAUUGAAAGCCAAAGUGUAUGAUGUAACAGAGAGCUCUGGGCGAGCUACAAAGAUACUUUGCUAACACAAAAACAACACAAGGCUCAAAAGACAAUAGUACUUCCUUUCAUUUGCUGUCUCUAAAACAUCCCUUAAGCUUGAUCAGCCCUUAACUUGUUAAGCUAAUCAUAGACACCUUUGAAGAACGUUUGGAUGGGAUAAAGUAAGAGGGCAUAAUCAUCAUGCAGCAGAUGUAAGAAGUUUGUACACCCAAA